AUGAAUGAAAUCUGUUUGCCAUAGAACCAUCAUAUAAUUCAAAUACUGUAUGAGUAUCUUCAAAAGCAUGGCAUGAACCUUGACAACCCACCCACGACUAAACUGUUUGAGUUAUUUAUCUAAACUCAUGAAAUUACAUACUAGAAAAAAGAAUUUUAAUUAGCCUAACUCAAUUCAAAAAUAUUCUAAAUCACUUAAGAACUAAACACUCUUCAAAAUAAUAUUGAGGGAUAAUAUUCAGUAAUAAAGAAUAUCAAAAAUAGAAGAGUAAAACUACACAUUGAGCUUGAUUUACAAGAAUCUCAUUUGCAUAAGAUUGAAAAAUCGAUUAGUGAAAUUCACAAUGAUCCUUCAAUAAUAUAGAAAAUCAGUGACCUUACUGAAGGAAUAAAGAUAUGUAGAGACAGAUAUCUAUCUAUAAAAGAAGAGAAUGAACAAUUCAAUAAAAUUUAGACUACUCUAACAUAAUAAAAGCAACAAUUAAAAAAUCGUUAUAAAUUUGCUUAAGAUAAAAUUAAAAAUAAUCUCAUCUAAAUUGAUGAUCUGAAGGAGUAAAGUGUCAGUCUCAAUAAUAGAUUAAUUAAAUAAUUGAAAACAGUGACAGAAUUAUUUUAGUUAAACCACAAGAGAACAAUAAAUUAGAAACACACUAAUUAUGUGAAUAAUCCUAUUCAUAAUGAUGAUACAAGUAUGAUAUUGAUAAAUUUAAUUGAGUUCCUUAUCAACUUACAAAUGCAAAUUUUAAAUAAAUCUGGAUCAAAUAUAUCCUCUGAAGAUGAAAUCUUGGACCUUAUCUAAACUAUUCUAAACCUAAAGUCAUAAUUAAAUCAAAUGAAGAUUCAAGAUAAUUCUGAAGAGCAAUCAAAAUUAACAUAGUAAACAGAAUCAAUAUCAAUUCGGCAAAGAUUUAGAUACAAGACUCAUCAUAAUCUUGGUGAGAUUAAAUUAUCAAAACAUUCCCAAUAGGGACAAGAUUCCAAAGGAACCUCUUAAUAUGAUGAUGAAAUAAUGGAAAAUCAAUCAAGUGACAAUGACUGUUUAUAGGAACUAAUAUAAAUAUCCCCUAAAAAGCCUUGGCAAUUUAAAUCAGUCAUUAUUGAUAGCAGUAAAAAUUCAGAAAAGAAAAUGGAAUAUUUAAGUGAAUAAUAGAUUAAAUCUUAAAACUUAAAAUCAUUAGCAUCAAUAUCUUCGGAUGCCAGUUUUUAAGAUUUACGAGUCACCACUUUAUAAGAAGAAUUACAAACUGUCUAUUCUUAUGAUUAAACACAAGGAGAAAACAUAUAAGUCACAAGUUGUUGUUAUGAUACUUAAGAGAGAACUCAAAUUAACUCGAAAAUGGAAUCUAAUUUAUAUGACCCUGACUAAACCAAAUGCAUUUAAGAUUAGAAAAAUAGAAGAAACUUUAAGAUUACUGGUUUUAUUAUGAUGACAAUAGGCAUUGCUGGAUGGAUGUAUUAAAGGUCAAAAUGA